AUGAUUACAAGUAGCAGAGAACAUAAAAUUAUUAAUGGUUUUACUAGACCGAAACACCCUUUCCAAGUUUUUACCAUGAUAUUCUUUAUUCAGUUGAUGUGUUGUGUAUCAAUUGCAAUAGUCCCAAUAACUGAUUUAAUAAUUUAGAUUAUUUUAGCAUCCUUUUUCUACUUUUUAGCCUUAAUGAUCUUUUUUUAUGCUUUUAAGACUUCCUACAUCGAUCCAACCGAUGAUCUUAUAAUAUAAUAAAGAAAUGGAUUGAACAUAGCAUUAGAUUAAGAGCUCUAUGAUUAUUUUUGUUAAUUUUGUGACAGCUAUGUAAGUGGUACAACUAAGCAUUGUAAGGUCUGUGAAAGAUGCGUUUCAGAUUUUGAUCAUCAUUGUAAAUGGUUGAACAAUUGUGUUGGGAAAAAGAAUUAUUAGGAAUUCUUCAAAUUAUUAGUUUUUGUAUCUCUAUUUGGAAUCACCUUUACUAUUUUUGCAAUAUUUUCAUACAUCUUUUAAUCUCCUAGAAUGAUGAUAUGGAUUUGGAUAAAUGUAGGUUUAGUUGGUCUUCUCUUUCUUCUUAAUUUCAACCUAAUGAUUUUCCACUUUUGGUUGAAAUUCAAAGGAAUUACCACUUACUCUUGGAUUAUGUAAAAUAGACAGAAAAAAUUCCAAUAACAAGUUUAAAUAGAAACUCCUCAAAGAUUCUGUUGUAGUUCUAAAAAAGUCAGAAAUGCUCAAGUAAAUCCGAAUGUGGAAUAAGAAGAAGAUGAAAAUUAAAGGUAAAAUAUUGAAAUGAAAAAAAAUGAUGAGUAGAGUCAAAUAAAAUAACAAAACGUAGAAAUUGAAGGGGACUCUGAUUCUAUUCAAGAUAAGAAUUCCAAAAGAAAAUGUAGUUCUCACACAAUCAACCCAUAAAUUAACAGUUAAAUAUAGGAUUGA